AUGGCUACUCAUACUAACAAUCCAACUCGGUUUAGGCUCCGUGUCAGGGCUGGAUUAAGCGCUGGCCCCAAGGACCUCAAGCCCAUCCCUGUCAACGACGAUGCCAACCCAGCCUUGAUCGAGUCCGAAGAGUUUAUUGGCCAGAUCGUCGUCCGCAUCCGUGGAUUCGAUAAGACCCUGGGCUACGCAGAGGGUCAGAAGCAGGAUGGGCUCAAAACCGUGCCCGAGAGCCUAUGGUUCCACUUGCCUGGCGGUGGCAAGAAUCUCUGCUCCAUCCAGAUCUCCUGCAGAUUUAAGCGGGAAUGGGGCGGAGACCAGGUCAUCUUUGGGAACCAAUUCGAGAGGCCAUUGAAACUGCCGCCAUUUUCUUCAGUCGCCCUCAAGUUCAUUCAGUUUAUUGACCCUGGACUCAAGGCUGAUAUCUACUGCGAUCGACCCUGGGCGUUCAGUCCUCUGAUCGCCACCAUGAAUACCGUCAAUGUCUCGGGAUGGCAUAUCAAUCCAGCAACACAGAAAAAGGUCGAAAAUCAAGGUCAGGAAGGCGACAAGAAGAAUCUUGAAAAUGAACUCCCACCCUGGCCAUCAUCUCAAGGCGAACAUAUUAUCGAAGAUACCAGUCUCCUCUUCAGCGAGGGCGUACAAAAAAUGGAGGCAGAGGAGGAAGAGAGAAGAAGGGCGCAGGAGCAGGAGGAAGAAGAACAAGGGAAUGACAAAGAGGAGCUUGUCGAGACAAAGUCCGGCAGCGCCUUGACAGCGACGCCAAUGAACCUUGAUUCAAGCGCGAGACGAUCAUUCUUUGCUAGGGAGGUGAAUUUGCUCAAGCACAAGUACCGGCCAGACCAGGUGUAUGGGUUUGACUUCUUCAAUCCUUAUCUGGACUUUUCCAACUUUACGCUUAAGGUCCCCGGAUUCAGCGUCGACAUCACCAAGUACUGGGACGGACAGCCAUUGACAUAUAUCAUCAAAUCGCAGGACUCUUCUGUGGUGUUCAUGGCUUUCCAAUUCGAAAUGAUCCCAGUCGAGGACUUUGCGGUUGAAUAA